GCUACUUAGUAUAUUGUUUUGUCUUACCUCUUAAAAAUUUUCAAUAUUUUCGUUGAAUUUUCGCUACCUACCUCAUACUUUUUGACGUGUUUCCUAUAUAUUAUUUUAGUUAUCAUUAACAUUUAUUAUAUAUUUCUAAGUUUUUAAUUCUAAAAUGUAAAACUCAAUGCUAUGGUAUAUACAAGUUGCUUAUAAAAUUCGGUGCAGUUGGACCUUGUUAUUUGACAUCGUCGACAACAGCAACAACAGUUUUUUCUGUUGCACUUAAUAGUCCAACUCGAUUUGUGCAUUCAAAAUUUAUGGAGCUUUAUCUGACAAUUUUUGAUACUUUAAUAUUAAAGCAUUGUAGUAAACAUUCUCUGUACGACCCAACGAUAAUCGUCAACAAUCUGUUGGACGAUACUUUUGUAUCUAAGAAGAAAGCUUCAAAUCAUAUUGAAGCUUUCGAAUCGGCGUUCAUGGAAUUAUGAACCUGGAUUCAUUGUCAUAUACGUUGUCGCAAAUCAGCUAUCUCGUCGCUAAUUUGUCGAAAAAAAAUUACAAAUCCAGUGUUCAAGAAAUAUCAGACGCAAUACAAUUGCAAGGAUUCGAAGCAGAUCGACAUCUUUUGCGUUUCUUAUUUUCUUUUAUUGAUUUAAGAGAUAUAGAAGGACCUAGAAAUACAUCCCAUAAAGAUUAUUAUCAAGUUCAACUAUUAACACAACAGUGUAAAACACUUUUGAAUAAGCCAGCACUUACUUCAAUUUUGUGUUUUGCUUUGGAUAAUCCACUUCCAAUAUCAAAACCUAUUAAGCCAUCAGUACAGUUUUUUAAUCAGCUUAGUAGAAUUUUACACCUUAGUCCUGUUCAAGAAGUUGUUUUUGGAUUAGUGUGCUUAGAAUCAGCCAAUUUUUCAACAUCAGCUUUACAAUUUGUUAAACAAAAAUUACCAGAAUUAAUUAAAUCAUACAUUAACAUAGACGGUAGUACUGAUCAAGUCACUGAAGGUGGAUUACAUGAGUGUAGUCCUGAAGUUCUUCAUUUGAUUUUAAAUCAAGUAUUGAAAGUUGAUGAUCAAUUUGGAAUUGAUAAAGAUAUUAAAAAAGCUCUUUUAGAAAACUUAAGACGUGACUUUCCACUUGAAGUUGUUCCUGUCUUGUUGGCACCUUUGAUUUACUCAGAGAAACUAGAUUGCCCAAUGGAAAAAAUAAAUCAAGAUAUAUCUUCAAUCUCUAACACAAUGUUAGAAACAUCAUUAGCUGAUUUAGUUAUGGAAAUGGGCUAUUCUGCUUGCUCUUCAUUAGAAGAAUGUCGUAGGCAUUUACUAUCAAUAACUGGUGGAAAUUCAUCAUCUAUAAUUUUUGGCCCACAGUCAGUUGCUAAGGUGAUAUCAAUGAUGACACGCACCCAUACUGGAUUAGACACUCAAGUUACUUUGCCAUAUUGGUCUGGAGAUAAUUCCAAUAAUGAUGUUGAUAAAAUUGCUAAUGGCAAUGGAUCAAAUACUUGGAAUGUUGAGGUUUUUGUACAUACUCUAAAAGAUUUGAACCCAUCGUUAUUAUGGUUAGAUGUAAUUAAAGAACUAGAUCAUGCUGAAUUUAUGAUAAAAGAUAGGCAAGGUCUAGUCCUUCUUUUCUCUACAAUUCGAAUAGGUUUGAAAGGACAAGGUUAUCACAUGGAAAAUUUCCCUGUUGAAAUGAUUUACAGACAUUGGACUAACUCUGAAUCUCAAAUGUCUUUAGUGCAACAUAUUCUUCAAAAUUCUGAUGUUUUUUGUUUUGCUGAUUACCCUUAUCGUUCAGUAUCAGUUGAUUUAUUGAAAGUUAUUCCUGAAGCAGAUAACAAAGAUAUAAAUAACUGGCGUUCAAUUGAACUUGUUGAUUUAAUGCUUUACUUGGCAGAACGUGGUUUUUGUUACCAAGUACAAGAGUGUUUGAAGUUCCCUGCCCAAAAGUGUCCUGAUUUAUUAGCUCUAGCUCUUAUACAAUCUAAUGGCCCUUUAAGUAUGGUCAGACAUGAAAUGAUAAGUGGUUUGAUACCUAUAUUUCUUGGAAAUCAUAGCAAUGCUGCAGUCAUUUUGCACCACGCUUGGAAUCAUCAGAAUAUUGGCCUUAGGCAUACUUUAGUUCAAGCAAUGAGUGAAUGGUAUGUUCGUAGUGAUUAUGACCACAUAAAACUCUCUAGAAUUUUAGAUAUUGCUCAAGAUUUAAAAGCUCUGUCAUUAUUGUUAAGUGUUCAACAGUUUGCUUUUGUCAUAGAUUUAGCUUGUUUAGCUUCACGACGUGAAUAUUUAAAAUUGGACAAAUGGCUUUCAGAUAAAAUUCGGGAGCAUGGUGAAAGUUUCAUGACUGCAUGUGUUAAAUUUUUACAGAAGCGUUGUCCUCAAUUGAUUGGAUUAUCAGUUAAAGAUGAAAACUUAUCAAAGUACACACCAUUAUCUUCUGAAACUAUAUUAACUAUGCUCAAUUGCUUAAGAAACAUUAAUAUUGGAACAAUAUCUCAGGAACUUUCUGAAGCUAUUAUGUUAAUGGUAACUAAUUGUACUAACAUGUAUAUUUCAAAAGUUGCUUCAACUCGUUUAAACUCAUCUGCUCCACCUCCAGCCAUUUUACGUACAUCACAACAUCACCGUCCGAUAGAAGGACCUUCACCUCAAGUAUUAGUAGACCAAUUAACUGGUCUUGCUACAAGUCUUGCAAGUUUAGGUCUGAAUCCUUCAGCCCAAUCAGCAUCUACUUUCACUUUACCGGGAUCAUUAGGACAGUUAGUUCAAACUUCUGGUUCACCAUCUAGAAAUUUAGUUGGUAAUACUUCUGGACAUAGUGGCUUUUCUAUUAUGACAUCAUCAUCCACUAAUGCUCCUGGCCCAGCUGUAUCUAGUCAAUUAUCUGGACAAUCUAAUAUGUUAGGCCGUUUGCCACAGCAACAAGUUACACCUUCAGCUAUUGGUAAAGCAAAUCAUUUAAUUGAUAGUAGUCUAUUUGUUGAUGGUAACAUGCCAGUUUCUGUGCCGAAAGAUAUUGAAGAUGAAGCUAAUAGUUAUUUUCAGCGUAUUUACAAUUUAGCUCCACAUCAUUCUUUAUCUAUUGAUGAAGUACUUGAAAUGUUAAAAAGAUUUCAAGAGUCACCUGUUAAACGUGAAAGAGAAGUGUUUUGCUGCAUGCUAAGGAAUUUAUUUGAAGAGUAUAGAUUUUUCCCUGCUUAUCCUGAAAAAGAACUUAUUACAACAGCUCAUUUAUUUGGUGGUAUUAUUGAGCAUGGCCUUGUUUCAAAUUACAAAGCUCUUGGCUUAGCACUUCGUUUUAUUUUGGAUGCCCUCAAAAAAAGUCCUAAUUCAAAAAUGUAUAAUUUUGGUGUAACUGCAUUAGAUCGUUUUAAACAUCGUUUAAAGGAUUAUCAUCAAUAUUGUUCACAUAUAUCUACUAUUCCUCAUUUUCAACAAUUUCCACAGCAUUUAAUUGAGUUUGUUGAAUAUGGUAAAAACUCUCAAGAACCACCAUCAUCUCGAAGUAUAGAUAUAGUUGGAACAAAUAAUUCAUUACCCCAAGCUUCUUUUAUGCCUAAUCCACACAAUUCUUUUAAAGCUCAAAGUAUUACUACUACAACUACAACAACAACUGUUUCAUCUGCAUCUACUAAACUCAUUACUACAAAUGCUGUUUUACCAUCCAGGCCUUCAAUUGCAAAUACUACAAACAUUGACACAUUGUUGGUUGCAACAGAGAAAGAUGAAAAAUUAAUUGUUCCACCAGAAAAUGUUCAAGAUAAAAUAGCAUUCAUCUUCAAUAACUUAAGUCAAGUUAAUCUACAAACUAAAUGUGAUGAAAUAAGAGAAAUUAUAACCAAUGAUUACUUGCCUUGGCUAUCACAGUAUUUAGUCAUGAAGCGUGUUAGUAUUGAAUUAAAUUUCCAUACAUUAUACUCAAAUUUCUUAGACUGUUUAGGCAAUGAAGUUUUAAACUCCUUGAUUAUAUUAGAGACAUUCAGGAAUAUAAGAGUUUUAUUAAGAAGUGAUAAAGGAAUGGCUAAUUUCUCUGAUCGAUCUCUAUUGAAAAAUUUGGGUCAUUGGUUAGGAAUGAUUACCUUAGCUAAAAAUAAACCAAUAUUACUUGAUGAUAUUGAUCUUAAAAUGUUACUUGUUGAAGCUUAUAAUAAAGGUCAUCAAGAGUUAUUGUUUACAGUUCCAUUUAUUGCUAAAAUACUAGAGUCAUGUGCUAAAAGUAAAGUGUUUAAACCAAGAAAUCCAUGGACAAUGUCAGUCAUGAACUGUUUGGCUGAACUUCAUCAAGAACCUGAUUUAAAAUUAACAUUGAAGUUUGAAGUUGAAGUGCUUUGCAAAGCUUUAAAUAUCGAACUUAAAGAUUUAAGUCCUGGUUAUGUUCUCAAAGAUCCUGAAAUUGCUAAAAAAUUAGAACCUCAACUAUCUAAUGGAGAAAAUAUGAAACCUCAAUUACAAUCUCAAUGUGCUUCAGAACAACCUAAAGUCUCGGCACCAACUCCUCAACGUCAAACACCUAUUCUUCAAACUAUAGUGUCUUCUCAAGCUCAGCAAUCAAACAUAACUUCAACUGUUCAGUCUGUGACAACCAACACUAGAUUCAAUGAUGAAUUAGUUGGUCAUGUUGUAGCUGCUGGAGGAGUCACAACUUUAACAUCAACUGGAAGUAUGGGAAUUAGUGGCACACCAGGAAUGUCGCCUACUUUACCAUUGGUUGAACCUAAAUUUAAUUAUGUAACAUUCAAUACAGCCAAUUCUUCACAGAUUAUGUCCAUGAUAGUUAUAAAUCCUCAAAUACCAUUAUUUGUAAAUCAACCAACAUUAAAGACUUAUGUUCGGGCAGCUAUUGAAAGAUCAAUUCAAGAGUGGAUUAAUCCUGUUGUAGAGAGAUCUGUUAAAAUUGCAGUAAUUACUACUGAACAUACUGUCAAAAAAGACUUUGGUAUGGAUCCAGAUGAAUCACAUUUACGGAAAGCAGCUCAUUGUAUGGUUAGAAAUUUAACUUCUGGUUUAGCAAUGAUAACAUGUCGUGAACAGGUUAUUCAAACAUUGACUUCAAACUUGAAGCAGCACUUUUUAAGUGUAUUGAUUACACCUACUCAAUCUCAAAAAGAAAUGAUUGACCAAGCAUGUACCAUAUGUGCAAAUGAUAAUUUAGAAUUAGCUUGUGCUUUUGUUCAAAAAACUGCUACUGAAAAGGCAGUUAUUGAAAUUGAUAAAUAUCUUAAAAAUGAAUAUGAAAGACGUAGUUUAUCUAGAAUGGAAGGUCGUCGUUAUUGUGAUCAAAUUGUUGUGAGUGGUCAAGCUGAGUUCUUACCUGAUACGUUGCGUAAUAAAAUUGGUUUACCACCACCACAAAUGAUAGGUGUUUAUGAAGAAUUUGCUAGAAACAUCCCAGGUUUUCAACAAUUGGAUAGGGAAGCUGUUUCGAUGUUUAUGCCUAAAUCUGGAAUACCUCCAGAUGAGAUGGCUGUAGUUUAUGAAAAACUUAUUACUGAAGUUGAAGUACUCUUACAAUUAUAUAUGACUAACCAAAGAAUUAUGUCAAAUACUACUCAACCAGCAAAUUUGCAUGGUGUUUUAGAAGCAUUAAUAACACUGAGAAGAUGUCGUGAUGUUGUUACAGCUGCUAAUGUUGUAAAUAAAGUAGUAGAAAGUUAUUUGGAUGGAUUAAGCCCUUCUGCUAAUCAAGAUUUAGAUAUGAGUAUUAGAUAUCGUGAUCUACAUUUAAAUAUAUUCAGAGCUUUCCAAGAUCCUCGUGCAUACAAUCUACAAUGGACAAACAAAACGUUAACUAAAGCUAUUAUGGAAUCAAGAGAUGAAUUGCGAUUUAAUUUAGAUGCUAUUGAUGUUUUAAUCCGUGCUGGUAUGGUAAAUAUUAGUAUGUAUGAUAUGCAUUUAGCUAUGUCUAUGGAUAGUGGAACUAAUUACGUAGCUAUGGCCUAUGUUAAACAAUUUUUGCAAAAUUAUCUAAUUGACAAUAGAUCUAAUUCUCCUAUUACUGAACAUCACUUACAAGCUACCAUUGAUGCUUUAAACACAAUUAUACUCAGUGGUCGUCCUGUUCCUGAUGGACUAACAGCAAUUAUUGAAGUAAUAAGGCCUUCCCAGACAGAAAAUAAUACAGUAGAAAGAAUGACAAGUAGUAACAGUAAUUCUUCUGCUCAUAUCCAACAUGGAAUGUUACAAGGAAGAGACUUUGAUGAUCCACCUGGUCUUUUAGAAAAAACUGAAUAUCUUUUAAAAGAGUGGUUAACUAUCUAUAGUGCUGCUCCAAACAGAGAUCCUGGAAAAACAUUUAGUGCUUAUAUACAUCAAAUGAAUGUUCAAGGAAUUUUGAAAUCUGAUGACAUCAUAACUCGUUUCUUCAGACUCAGCACACAAAUGAUGGUUGAGUUGUGUUAUCGUCAAAUACCAGAUCAGACACAAUCUCCAUCUACUGUAAGAGCAAAACUAUUCCAUACAAUUGAUGCCUAUGUAAAAUUAAUAGUAUUGUUAGUUAAACAUUCUGGUGAUGCAAAUGCAAUAACUACCAAAACUAAUCUACUUAAUAAAGUUCUUGGUAUUGUUGUUGGGGUUUUACUUCAAGACCACGAUGUACAAGCCACUGACUUUCAUCAACUACCAUAUCAUAGAAUAUUAAUAACCUUAUUUCUUGAUUUAAAUGCUCCUGAUCCUGUACUUGAAUCAAUAAAUUAUCCAAUAUUAGCUGCCUUUUGCCACACUUUUCACUUGCUUAGACCAAGAAAAGUUCCUGGUUUUGCAUAUGCUUGGUUGGAGUUAAUAUCUCAUCGUAUUUUUAUAGGUCGUCUUUUAGGAUUAACUCCACAGCAAAAACGGCAACGUGCUUAUGAUCAAACACCAGUUACUGAUGUUCAGGGUUGGAAUUUCUAUGCUCAGCUUCUCAUUGAUCUAUUUAAAUACCUAGCACCUUUUCUAAGAAAUGCUGAACUUGCCAAACCUGUACAAUUACUUUAUAAAGGAACACUAAGAGUACUACUUAUACUACUACAUGAUUUCCCAGAAUUUUUAUGUGAAUUCCAUUAUGGAUUUUGUGAUGUUAUUCCACCCAAUUGCAUUCAGAUGAGAAAUCUAAUAUUAUCAGCAUUUCCACGUAACAUGCGUUUACCAGAUCCAUUUACACCAAAUUUGAAAGUGGACGUCUUACAAGAAAUAUCACUGUCACCAAAAAUUAGCCCAGAUUUUCAAUGUUACAUUCAGCCUUCAAGCUUUAAAAAAGAUUUAGAUUUAUACUUGAAAACUCGUGCUCCAGUUACAUUUUUGUCUGAGAUACGUACUACUAUGCAACAAAGUUGCUGCGAGCCUGGUAUGCGCUACAACUUAUCUCUAUUAAAUGCUAUUGUUUUGUAUGUUGGUACACAAGCCAUCCAACAUAUAAGAAGUAAGGGUUUAGUCCCCAACACUUCAACAAUUGCUCAUUCAGCACAUAUGGAUAUAUUUCAAAACUUGUCAGUAGAUCUUGAUACAGAAGGUCGUUAUUUGUUUUUAAAUGCUAUUGCAAACCAAUUGCGUUUCCCUAAUAGCCAUACUCAUUAUUUUAGUUGUACUCUCUUAUACCUGUUUGCUGAAGCUAACAGUGAAGCUAUUCAAGAACAAAUAACAAGGGUAUUAUUGGAAAGAUUGAUUGUCAAUAGACCACAUCCGUGGGGUCUGUUGAUCACAUUUAUUGAAUUAAUUAAGAAUCCAGCAUAUAAAUUUUGGCACCACGAAUUUGUUCAUUGUGCACCAGAAAUUGAGAAGCUCUUUGAAUCUGUUGCUCGAUCUUGUAUGGUUCAUAAGCAGCCUAAUAAUGUGACAGAUGCUGGUGAAUUACCAGAUUUAUAAAUUAAAUGAUAAUACUUCAAUCAAAUAAUGUUUUAUUUUAAUUAUUAUACAAUAUUUUUUGUUUUAUAAUUUUAUAUAAGAAGAAAAAAUGUUUUUGUUAUAUGUGCGAUCAAAAAGAUAUAGUUUUCUUAUUACUUUAUUGUAAACUAAUUAUAUACAAAUGUAACAUAUUAUAAAGUAUCCAUUUUUAGUAUUUAUAAAGAUUAUUAGUUUUGUAAGUAAAUAUGUUUGAAAGGUAGUGAAUUUUAAUAUCCUUGUAAAAAUAUAUAUAUAUAUUAUUUAUAAGUGUCUACAAUAAAAUAAAAUAUUCAAUAUGAAAUAACAUA